CUACUGGGAGCACUGGGAGGGACUGGAGGGGCACUGAGGGAUACUGGGAGGCACUGGGAGGGACUGGAGCCACUGGGGCCCCCACAUGCCCCCGCCCCCACAGCCGCCACGCCCGUGUGGUGCUUCACCCGAUUGGAGGAGGACGGGGGGGGCGGGGCCUGCGCCCAGCCCCUCAUCGAGGAGCCCGUCCCAUUGGCCGACUGCUGCCUCAACCCCGCCUACGGCUACAAGCUCCGCCCCCACGGCCACUGCCACACCUGCCGGCAGAGCACGUGGGGACCCUGGGGACCCUGGACCGGCUGCUCGGUGACCUGCGGGGAGGGGACCCAGCUCCGGGGACGGAGCCGCAGCCCCGGAGGGGACGGGGACAGGAGAGAGUGGCAGCUGCGAGCGUGUCACCUGCCCUGCUGUCCCGAGCCGGGGGGCUGGUCGCCCUGGUCGCCCUGGACCAGCUGCUCGUGACGUGCGGGGAGGGGGCGCAGGGAGGAGCCGCCUCUGCUCCAACCCCCCCCCCAGCUGCGGGGGGGCUGCGGGCCGGGGGGCGGCCGGGAGACCCGGAUGUGCCAGGAGGGACCGUCCACCUGUCCCGAGGACGGCGCGUGGGGGGCGUGGUCGGCCACCGCCCCCUGCCCGGUGACGUGCGGGCUGGGGGUGGUGACGCAGCGCCGCGCCUGCGACGCGCCCCCCCCCCGCCACGGCGGCCGCGGCUGCCCCGGCAACAGCACGCGCCGCGCGCUCUGCGGGCCCCGGGGGGCGUGUCCCGACCUGGUGCACUGGGGGCCGUGGGGCACCUGGACCCCCUGCGAGCGGCGGUCGUGGGGCAGCAUCAGCUGCCAGCCCGCUGCCGGGCAGCAGAAGCGGACGCGGGAAUGUGUGGGGCGCGGCCCGGGGGGCCCCCCCUGCCCCACCCAGGAGGGGGUUGGCACCAUCCAGCUCCGCGCCUGCUACAACGUCCAGCACUGCCUGCUGCAGGGAAACUGGUCGGACUGGAGCCCCUGGGGCCUCUGCAACCCCCCGUGUGGGGCCAGCCCCACACGUAGCCGCUUCCGGGAGUGCCAGCCUAUCUACCCCGCCUACCCGCUGGUGGUGACGGGGGUGACGGACUCGGCCCCCCUCAACGUCACCUUCUGGGGGCGGCCCCGGGUGCGCUGCCCCACGCUGGAGGGGCAGCAGCUGCGCCUGGAGGAGACGCGGCCCUGCCGGAACGUCACCCCCUGCCCCCCACAUGAUGACUGAGCCUCCCAACGACCUCACGGACGCACCAAAACCCCGGGAAUUCCCCCCAAACCCCACCCCCUGCUGCCCCUCCCCCCCCUCCCCAACUUUUCCCACCUCAAUAAAGACCCGGAAGCAC